UUGACUAUCGGAGCUAGACGAUCGUAAUGCAUCUGCUAUUAAUGUGAAUAUCUCUCCCUGUAUUAAAAAACGAAAUCUAGCCUCGCUGUGAUCAUGGGACAAUGUGGUGUUAUUUCGUCGAAGACGGUUUUAGUGUUUCUCAAUCUGAUUUUUUGGGCAGCUGCAGGUAUACUGUGCUACAUUGGGGCGUAUGUCUUUAUCACAUAUGAUGAUUAUGAACAUUUCUUUGAGGAUAUCUACACUCUCAUCCCUGCCAUGGUGAUUAUUGCUGUAGGAACGCUUCUCUUUGUCAUUGGUUUCAUUGGCUGCUGUGCAACCAUUCGAGAAAGUCGCUGUGGCCUGGCUAUGUUCUCGGCGGUGUUGCUACUCGUGUUUGCCACAGAAGUGGUUGUAGUGGUCCUGGGCUAUAUUUACAGAGCCAAGGUGGAGGCUGUGGUGAAUCACUCUAUUCAGAAAGUAUAUAAUGAAUAUAAAGGCCCAAACACAGAUGCUCCCAGUAGGGCUAUCGACUAUGUGCAAAGACAGCUCCACUGUUGUGGCAUACAUAAUUACUCUGAUUGGAUGAACACUCACUGGUUUACUGAGACAAAGAACAACAGUGUUCCAGUAAGCUGCUGCAAGCCCAUCAUUAGCAAUUGCACUGGGACAUUAAUUCGGCCAGGAGACCUCUACCCAGAGGGUUGUGAAGUUCUUGUAGUAAAGAAACUCAAGGACAUUAUGCUGUAUGUCAUAUUGGCUGCAUUAACAUUUGCUGCCAUACAGAUGCUUGGACUACAGUGUGCAUGUAUGGUCCUUUGCAGCAGAGGUCAUGACCCUGCAUAUGAGCUGCUUGUCAGCACGGGUAUAGAUGCCUGAGUGGUACUACAUGGCAUCAUGGGAACGGCUGGUCCUCCAAGCUAAUGUACAUGUCUAAACUGAAGCAGGCUUACAAUUUCUACACUAGUAUUAAAACCAAGCUAACAGGCCUAGG